UCCAUGAUCAAUUUCUCUCUUCAUUUCGAGUUGACGUUCGUGCCUCCAUUUCUUUCUUUUUUCAUCUUCUCUUCAUUUUCAACCAUCUCUGUCAGAAUCAUUUUUUUUUCUUCACAUCACGUUCUCCCCUCCGUACCUUCCUCCUCUAUGGCCUCCGUGCAUAGACGAAGAGUGGGCGAGGGAGAGUGCGAUCCUUCAAGAGAGAACUAGGAACCCUAAUUCCUUUCUUCUUCAAUUUUUUUUUUGUUUUUCUUGAAUUAAUCCCUAGAACCGAGAAUGAAGGGAGUUGAGAGGCACACCCAAACCUUCUUUCGCGAGUGAAAAUCACCAGCGCCAGUACUCAGAUAACUUCCUCGAUGGCUCUUCCAAUGGCAACAGGUGGCUCCAAUCGGCUGGCCUCCAACACCUUCAAUCCUCCAUCAAUCAACUUCCUCCGCUUCAGUUUCCAGGGACCUACCCAGGCUCAAAAUCUUAGGGACUCGCUUGUUGAAGCAAAGUCUAGUAUUGUGGUCAAGAUUGGACUUAGGAAGGGUUCUCGUUCCUGUGUUGAAGCUCGAGUAGUCGGGUUUACUGAGGAGAAUGAGACUAUUGUUUACUUCAGGAGCAAGCAGCAUAUCUCAGAAAGCUGCAGUUGCUACAUUAGGAUUAGGCUAUGCAGGAGGAGAAGCUGUUUCUACCAUGGUAAAAGCUUUCAGGGAAAGAAGGGAUUUCUUGAUUGAAAGAUUUAGAGACAUUAGAACUAAGUGGGCUUCUUUUAUUUUAAGUGUUAGUAAAUUGUAGAAACUUGACUACAAUGUAGUGUAGGUUAAUGUUAUAUUUGAAUUUAAUAUAUGGUU